CGAAUUCAUCUUGUUCAACGUGUUGCACGGCGUCGACCCAGCCAGUUCACGCGACUUGCAGUAGCCGACGCAGCCGCGAGCACUUCGCCACUUUCUGCGUAGCCACCCGCUGCUCCAGCACGACUUCACUGCCAUCUCUAUGACCGUCCGUUCCUUUACCGUCUUCCAGGAUUCCCCUGCCGAGAUCCCCAAGUUGGAUCGUCCUGGUGAAGGGCUCCAGUCCCCCCUUGUUACGGAUGCCACUGCCUCACUAGUGUCCACUCUUGCCGCUAUCGAGAAGGAGAACCUUCACCCUCUUACUGGCGAACGCACAGGUCCCGCUGCACCCUCCGAAUCCAAAAAGAGGAAGACAGCAGUCCUUUCGACGAAGCUGGUGGUGGCCCCAUCAUGCAAGAAGAAAAAGGAACUUAAAUCCGAGUUCACGAAGAAGCAGCGCAAAGCAUUGGGCGCUUCUGGGAAGCCACAAACUUCUAGUGGAAAGAAGACCAGUUCGAGCAAGAAACAACAUCCAUCUCGGAGGACAUCUCCUCUCCCUUCUGUGCAGGAAGAAUUGGAUGCUCCGCGUGAAGCUGGUGGUCUCCCCUCACUCCAAGCUGACAUCGAUUCGAGAUGUUACGAACUCACUGUUUCGCCGUUAGCGGACGUAUCAGAGGCAUACGACCUUACUUCCUUCGAUUCCCAUGCAAAUGGAGAAUCUUCAAUACGUGAAGAAAAGCCCAAGACUAAUCACAAUUCCCCACGGCAUCACUUAACGACUCCCGAGCGCAAACAUAUGUCCUCCGAAUUCACGUUCUCCUCGCCAUCACCCACCUCUGAGCGUUUCAGAAAAGCCCAUCCCUCGUCAGCACACCGCGAUGAUGUCGACUCGCAAUCGGACUAACGCGAAUUCAUCGUACCCGAGCCGCCUUGAUUCUCACUACAUACUAUUUGCAUCUGCCUAACCAGGAUACCUUUGCUGUGCUACAUUUUUAUGUAAAUCGACAUUUAUAUCCAUUCGCAUUUAGCAUCUCCACGCAACCCCGCAUGUGCUCUGGUAUAUGAUACCCACGUCUAGCCAUUUACUGUGCCUACUUGCCCCCAAGUUGUUGGGCAGUACAACGAGCUUUACAAUUCCCCAUGUGACGCAUGUCGUUUCCGUAAAGGGCAGGUAGUUCCCUGGUGGCGGGCUACCCUGUUGUACAUUUGUCUUGUGUUCGCGGA